GUUGUCUGCUGCCUUUCAAAAAUGGCUGAAAAUGAACCAAUUAAGGAUGUAUCUAAGGAUGAAAUAGUAGACAGAUGCAACCUAUACUUGGAUAUCAAGGAAACACAGUGGCCGAUAGUUUACAGGCCGGAGUACAACAUCGGAUUUCUGGGCUUGGAGAAGCUUCAUCCCUUUGAUGCUGGAAAAUGGGGGCGUGUUUAUCAGUAUCUUAAAGAGGGCAAGAUGGUUCGAGAUGAUACAACCGUCAAGCCAGAGGAGGCUUCAGAAAAUGACCUGAAGGUGGUUCACUCGCAGUCCUACAUCAACAGUCUCAAGUGGAGUAUGAAUGUAGCGGGUAUAACGGAGGUGCCACCAGUCGCCUUUCUUCCAAACUUUAUUGUACAGAGGAAAGUGCUGAAGCCCUUCCGAUAUCAGACUGGAGGAACAAUACUGGCAGCUAAGCUUGCCAUAGAGCGUGGAUGGGGUAUCAACAUCGGAGGGGGCUUCCACCACUGCAGUGGGGAGAGGGGUGGGGGGUUCUGUGCGUACGCGGACAUCACCCUCGCUAUCAAGUUCCUCUUCAAGUACGAUACGAAUAUCAAAAAGGCCAUGAUUGUGGAUCUGGAUGCCCAUCAGGGCAAUGGUCAUGAGCGUGACUUUAUGGAAGACUCUCGUGUGUACAUCAUGGACGUCUACAACAGAGGCAUAUAUCCACACGAUGGCUUUGCCAAACGGGCUAUAAGGAAGAAGGUGGAGCUGGCCCAUGGAACAACAGAUACAGAGUACCUGGACCUGGUCAACAAGAACUUUGAUGAAGCAUUGACAGAGUUUCAUCCGGAUGUGAUUGUUUACAAUGCGGGCACUGACAUACUGAAGGGUGAUCCACUGGGAAACCUAGACAUAUCACCAAAGGGUAUAAUUGCAAGAGAUGAGAUGGUGUUCAAGAAAGCCAGAGAUCUCAAGAUUCCUAUAAUGAUGGUUACGAGCGGAGGGUACCAACGCAGCACAGCCCAGAUCAUUGCCGACUCCAUCCUCAACCUGCGAGCUCUUGGUCAUAUAGCCUGCAAGGCCGCGGAAAACUGCCCUACCCCCGAAGGUUUCCCAGCCUAACUCAAAUCUUCCACGAAGUGAGAGUGAGUAUGGAUUUUUCACACGGCUAAAACAUGCUUGCCUCUCAGCGGCCUCAUCCAAGCUGUCAGUGACCACACCCGAGCCAGUGUGUCAAACCAACCUGGGCGUAAAAAUGUCAAAAUCCACCCAGGACAUCUCAAAGGAAGAUGAAGACUGGCUGAAAGAACUGAACACAGAAGUGUCCGCUUCUAAAUCCUGCUCAAAUCUCUCUAACACAUUCCAUGAUGAGUCAGAUGUUGACAUCUCCCAUUUGCUUGAUUCAACUUUUACAAUCCCUUUGAAAUCAAAACAACUAUUUGGAACAAAGUAAAAUAAUGACAAUGAAUGUCCUGAGACAGAUAAACUCAUCAUUACAUUGUACGCUAUCCGUAUGCUGUUCAAAGAACAACAUCAUUAGUUUAUGACAUUUGUCAGUAUUUGCUAUGGAAAUCUAGAGCAGAACUGUUUUAAGUCUUUUAAUGCCCUCAAAGGUGGGCAUAUUAAAAUUGCACUGUCUGUCCAGUUUUCCAUGUCCGGCUGUAUCUUUGUCAUUUUAAGAUAAGAUGGCACAUACGUUCAGUACAUAAAGGUAACAUGAUGCAUGCAAGACUCUUGCACCAACCUCAAAGGUUGUUUAUCGUUAUGGAAUGCUUCAUAUUAAGUUAAGGAGUAAGUAGGUGAUAGAUGGGAUAUAUGGGUAAAGGAAACCAUAUCAAAUAUUUUAAAAUUACAUGGCACAUGUGUUUGAUACAAGCAGGUGAUGUGUAUCAUACAGACCCUUUUUCAAAGUUCAAGAUCAGACUCCGAGUUUAUGAUAGCUCUGGAAUGAUUCAUGCAUGAUUAUAUAGAGUAGCUGGUUGUGUCCACACUGUUAUUUUGUCAUGCACAAAGAAAAUGCAAGAUUACUUUGCACAUGUGUUCCGUACAUAAAGAUGAGGUGUGAGGUGCAAGACCUGUGUCCCUACCGCUAACUCCAUCACUCCUCCACAAUUGACAUCAACCAUCAUGGUGGCUGGCAUUCACUUACAGGUUAUGAUAGCUCUUCCUCAAUGUAGGCAUAUCAGAAAUUGCAUAAGCCAUUUCGGGGGCAUUUUCACUUCCUGUUUGGAUUCAAGAGCAAAAAACAGCUAUUGACGUCUGUGAUUGAGUUAAGAGCAAGCUGGCUUUCUUUCUGUUUUCAUCAGAUCAGCAUUAUGAAAUAUUAAAUCCAUAUGUAUAAUUUUUUUAUUUUAUUUCUGUUGCAUUGUAAUAAUUUUGUAAUAUUGCUUCUUCUUUUAAUUUUUUAAUUGUAAAGAUGAUUAUUUUAUGUGGGUUUUUUUUCUCAGUGAAAUACAAUGUUAUUUUCACUGCUGUUGUUUUACAGCUCUGAAAAUAUUAAUUUCAUUAUAUUGACAGCACUUCACAUCUUGAUUCCCAUAUUGUUUAAGUAUCAUAGUGUUCACUAUACCAGCUUGAAAAUGUUUGAAAUGAUGUGACUGGAAUGACGUCAUGAUGUUAUGUUUCUCACACUAUUUUUCAAUUUACAAAAUAAUUUGACAUUUUUAGCUCGACUAUUCGAAGAAUAAGUAGAGCUAUACUACUCACCCAAGCGUUGGCGUCUGCGUCACCCCUUGGUUAAGGAUUUGCGUGCAAGCACACAUAGGUUAAUAUCUCAGCAACUACUUGAGGCAUUGCAUUGAUACUUUAUACAAUGGUACUCAACCAUCCAACCUACUUAAUUAACCAAGUUUGAUAACUCUACUUUGUAUUUAAUGCCAAUAAUAGGCCUUUAUUAUUUGACUUAGAAAUUCUGGUUAAGGUUUUGCGUGCAAGCACACAUAGGUUAAUAUCUCAGCAACUACUUGAGGUAUUGCUUUGAGCCUUGAUACAAUGGUACUCAACCAUACAACUUACUCAAUUAACCAAGUUAGAUAACUCUAGUUUGCAUUUAAUGCAAAUAACAGGCCUUUAUUAUUUGACUUAGAAAUUCUGGUUACGGUUUUGGUUGCAAGCACACAUAGGUUAAUAUCUCAGCAACUACUUGAGGUAUUGCAUUGAGACUUGAUACAAUGGUACUCAACCAUCCAACCUACUUAAUUAACCAAGUUAGAUAACUCUAGUUUGCAUUUAAUGCAAAAAAUAGGCCUUUAUUAUUUGACUUAGAAAUUCUGGUUAAUGUUUUGUGUGCAAGCACACAUAGGUUAAUAUCUCAGCAACUGCUUGUGGUAUUGCAUUGAGACUUGAUACAAUAGUAUUCAACCAUCCAACCUACUUAAUUUACCAAGUUAGAUAACACUAGUUUGCAUUUAAUGCAAAUAAUUGCCCUUUAUUAUUCGACUCAGAAAUUCUGGUUAAGGUUUUGCAUAUAAGCACACAUAGGUUAAUAUCUCAGCAACUACUGGAUGAAUUGCAUUGAGACUUUAUAAAAUGGUACUCAACCAUCCAAUCUACUUAAAUAACCAAGUAAGAUAACUCUUGUUUGCAUUAAAUUCAAAUAAUGGCCCUUUUUUAUUCAACAUAGAAAUUUGGGUUAAGGUUUUGCAUGCAACCUUUUUUAAGUCAAUGCUUUAGCAAAUACAUCAUGUAUUGCAUUGAAACUUUACACACAGGCUCCCAACCAUUUAACCUUCUUAUUUAAUCAAGUAAGAUAACUCUAUCUUUCAUAUUUUAUAAUUUUUGCCCCUUUAUUAUGCGACUUAGAAAUUCUGGUUAAGGUCUUGCAUGUUAGCACACAUAGGAUAUUAUCUCAGCAAAUACUAAGUCUUGAUGUAUUGCAUUGAGACUUUAUAUAAUGGUAUUCAACCACCCAACCUAAUUGAAUAACCAAAUUAGAUAACUGUGUUUUGCAAAUAAUGGCCCUUUAUUAAUACACUUAAAAAUUCUGGUUAAAAUUUUGCAUGUAACCACAUUUAUGUUAAUAUCUCCACACAUUAUGUAUUGCAUUGAAAUCUAAUCUAACAGUGAUCCAUGCAUGUUUCGCCAAAAAUUUUCAAUCCUUACACUGAAAAGGGGCGGAAUAGACGAGCGCGCUGUCUCUGUGACAGCUCUUGUUAUUAAAAUUAAUAAAGAGACUUCUUUUUUUUAAUUUCAAUGUAAUAUCAAAAUUUAUUUCACUUGCCUCUGUGCCAUUCAUUUUUGUUUUUUGUGAUCAUUGGAUGAAACGAAUUUUGAUCUUUCACUCGAAUAAUAUUAUAUAUUAAAAUUCUCAAUCUUUUUUUACAUCUGAUAAACUAUUAUUUUCCCGUCACAUUUCCUGAAAUAUAAGUUACAUGUACAUAUAUUUUUUUCAAAUAUGCCUGCAUGCUUUAAGCAAAUAAAGCACAUUGUAGAUCUAUUUUACAUUGAACAACUAUUAGAUAUAGAUAUUCUAGCCAUUUUAAAUACUUCUAAUAAAACAUAUGAUUAUGUUUGGGUCACUGUUUAAAUUAAAUAUCAAAAAUCUUUAAAUGUGUAGUAACACUUACUUUUGUUUUAUUUUCAAAUAUUAUUUUAAACAAACCAUUAUAAAUGUGGACUUAUAUAUACAUGUGAAUGGAAAAGGCAUCAUUUUCCCAGGAACUUUCAGAAUAUAGGUGUUUCUUAUAUGUUAUCAUUAUUUUGUUGUCUAUGUUUGAUAAAUUGUGAUUAUUAAUUGUUUGAAAUAUGUAAGUAAGGAUUUAAGCCUAGUUUAGUGUGUGAAAUCUACAAGAAUACCAUGCUUUUUAUUUUGUUUAAAGAUGUAGUCUGUGACUUAUUGACAUAUUUUCCCAACUUUUUUUAUUCAUCUCACUGCUUGAUUACAAAAAUCCAGAAAACCUGUUGAUGCAUUGAUUUUCUGUUGUAAGAUUAACAUGUAGUUAUUGUGCAAUACAGAUGUUUAUUGAUUGUGAUUGUAUCAUUUCUGAUGUGUAUUUCAUCUCAAUUUAAUGUUUUGUUUUGUAUUUAUUUUGUAUGGUCCAUGCUAUUCUAUCUUGAUCGAUAUUGUUUAUGACUAUGUUUUAACAAAUGUUGCAAAUAAACUGGUUAGUAAUGACUUAA